AUCAAUCUCCCGCCAAAAAGCAGAAAAACGCGUUAGCUUACAUUCUUUGGUUAGCUAGAGAGUCUUUUCGCUUUGAUAUAUUUAAUAAUUAUCAUUCUUAUUUACAAAUAAUUGUAUUUUAAUAAUUUUAUAUCAUAAAUCUUUGCAAUAAUGAAGGAUAAAGAGAAGAAAGGACGAAUGUUUGUUGUGAAACGCGAUGGUAAUAAAGAGGAAGUUCAUUAUGAUAAAAUUACCUCAAGAAUUGAAAGACUUUGUUAUGGCCUGGAUAUGGAUUAUGUCGAUCCUCCUGCCAUCACUUCUAAAGUCAUCAGUGGCCUUUAUACUGGAGUUACAACUGUUCAAUUAGACAAUCUAGCUGCUGAAAUUGUCGCUACAAUGACGACAAAGCAUGCUGAUUAUGCCAUUUUAGCUGCUAGAAUUGUUAUUUCAAAUCUUCAAAAAGAAACUAAAAAGGCUUUUAGUGAGGUGAUGAAUGAUCUUCAUCAUAUAUACGAUCCAGUAACAAAUGAACAUACUCCAAUAAUUAGUAAAUAUCACAAUGACAUCAUUCAAAAGCAUAAAGAUGCUUUUGAUUCUGCUAUUGUUAAUGAAAGAGAUUUUGACUAUAAUUAUUUCGGUUUUAAAACAUUGGAGAAGAGUUAUCUGUUAAAAAUUAAUGGCAAGGUCGUUGAAAGGCCUCAACAUAUGUUAAUGAGAGUUGCAGUAGCGAUUCAUGAGGAAAAUAUUGAAAAAGUUAUUGAAACGUAUAACUUCAUGUCUCUGAAAUAUUUCACUCAUGCCUCACCUACUCUUUUUUCUGCUUGUACAGUUUCCCAACAAAUGUCCAGUUGUUUCUUACUAACAAUGAUGGAAGAUAGUAUUGAUGGAAUUUACGAUACUUUAAAAAGAUGUGCACUCAUUAGUAAAUCUGGUGGUGGAAUUGGCUUAGCCAUUCACUGCAUCAGAGCCAGAAAUACUCCAAUCAGUACCACAAAUGGAGUUUCUAAUGGCCUAGUUCCAAUGCUUCGAGUUUAUAAUAAUACAGCACGUUAUGUUGAUCAAGGCGGAAAUAAAAGACCAGGAGCUUUUGCUAUUUAUUUAGAACCCUGGCAUGCUGAUAUCUUUGAUGUUUUGGACUUGAAAAAAAAUACUGGAAAAGAAGAAUAUCGAGCUAGAGAUUUAUUUUAUGCACUAUGGAUUCCAGAUCUUUUUAUGAACCGAGUAAAAGAAGAUGGUAUAUGGAGUCUAAUGUGUCCUCAUGAGAGUCCUGACCUUCAUAAUAACUGGGGUGAAGAGUUUGAAAAAAUUUAUACCAGAUAUGAAGAGGAAGGACGAUUUAUUCGUCAAGUCCAAGCUCGAGAGCUUUGGAUGGCAAUUCUAAAAUCUCAAGUUGAAACAGGCACUCCAUAUAUGCUAUAUAAAGACCAUUGUAAUCGUAAGUCUAAUCACAAAAAUUUAGGUACAAUUCAUUGCAGCAAUCUCUGUACGGAAAUUGUCCAGUAUUGUAGUCCAGAUGAAAUUGCAGUGUGUAAUCUUGCAUCAAUUGCAGUAAAUCGUUUCGUUGAUUCUGUUAAUCGUACUUAUAAUUUCAAGAAACUUAAGGAUAUCACAAAAAUUGUUACAAAAAAUUUAGAUAGAGUUAUUGAUGUAAAUAAUUAUCCACUUCCUGAAGCAGAAAAAUCAAACCGCAAGCAUAGACCCAUUGGAAUUGGAGUUCAAGGCUUAGCUGAUGCUUUCUUGCUGAUGGGUUAUCCAUUUGAAAGUGAAGAAGCUCAAAAAUUAAAUAUUCAAAUCUUCGAAACAAUUUACUACGGUGCUUUGGAAGCUAGUUGUGAAGUUGCUCAAGAAAAAGGUACUUAUGAAACUUAUAAAGGAAGUCCAGUUAGCGAAGGAAUUUUACAGUAUGAUAUGUGGAAUGUAACUCCUACCGAUCUAUGGGAUUGGUCAGAAUUAAAAAAUAACAUUUCAAUUCAUGGUGUAAGAAAUUCUCUUCUUCUUGCACCAAUGCCUACAGCUUCAACUGCUCAAAUUUUAGGAAAUAAUGAAUCUGUUGAACCUUAUACUAGCAAUGUUUAUGUAAGACGUGUACUAUCAGGAGAAUUUCAAAUAGUUAAUCCACAUUUAUUAAAAGAUUUAAUCAAGAAUAAUCUUUGGGAUGAUGAUAUGAGAAAUGAAUUAAUUGCGCACAAUGGAUCUGUUCAAGAAAUUGCUCGCAUUCCUAAAGAGUUAAAAGAACUUUAUAAAACAGUAUGGGAAAUUCCUCAAAAAAUUAUUUUAAAAAUGGCUGCAGAUAGAGCUGCUUUUAUUGAUCAAUCGCAGUCAUUAAAUGUCCAUAUGGCUGAACCAACAACGAAUAAAUUAACUUCAAUGCAUUUUUAUGCUUGGGAUCUUGGAUUAAAGACUGGAAUGUAUUAUCUAAGAACUAAACCAGCUGCUAAUGCUCUUCAGUUUACUGUUGAUAAAUCAAGACUUCAAGAAUACAAAUCUAAUCAAACUUUAAAUGAAUCACAGCAAAAUCAAUCAAUUACUGGAGAAGAGGAAGAAGAUCCUGUUCUUGUAUGCUCUCGUGAAAAUGGAGAUGCUUGCAUGGCAUGCAGUGCAUAAUCAAUAUUUUCUACGUAUUUUUAACCAUUUUUUUAUUCAUAAGUAUAUCAAUGAUUCAUGUGACAUUAAAAUAUUUCAUGAAACAGUGAAUCAUAAAGUAAUACCUCAAAAGAGACAACUAAAGAGAAAUAGAUUUAAGUAGGAAACUAAAUUCAACACUCUCAUAUUAAAACCAAUAUCUCAAUGAGUUAUUCUUGAUAAACAUAUUCCGUUAGUACACAAUUAAUGUGUUAUAAAUUUUUUAAUCUUCUUUUAUAUCAAACAAACAAAAGUAUUUGUCACUCAUGUAUUGAUACAUUAAGUUGCACAUGUUUCUUUUUUAAUGAUUAUCUCAUACGUAUUUUUUUUUUUAUUUUUUAUUUGCAAACAAAAAAAUGAAACUGAUUAAUGAAUGUGGAAUACAUUUAAAAUACCAUUAAAAA